AUGAGUGCCCUCCUGAUCCUCGCCCUUCUGGGAGCUGCUGUUGCAUUUCCUGUUGAUGAUGAUGACAAGAUUGUUGGAGGCUACACCUGCCAGAAGAAUUCUGUUCCCUACCAGGUGUCUCUGAACACUGGUUACCACUUGUGUGGAGGCUCCCUCAUCAAUGACCAAUGGGUGGUGUCUGCAGCUCAUUGCUACAAGUCAGUCACAGAGGAAAAGAGUCUAGCGCGCCUCUCUUCCAACAGCCGCAUCCAAGUGAGGCUGGGAGAGCACAACAUCAAUAUUCUUGAGGGCGAUGAGCAGUUCAUCACUGCUGCCAAGAUCAUCAAGCACCCCGACUUUGUGAGGAAGACCCUGAACAAUGACAUCAUGCUGAUCAAGCUCUCCUCCCCUGUGGCCCUCAAUGCCCGAGUGGCCACUGUAUCUCUGCCCACCUCCUGUGCACCUGCUGGCACUCAGUGCCUCAUCUCUGGAUGGGGUGACACCCUCAGCUUCCCUGACAAUGAACCAGACCUGCUCCAGUGCCUAGAUGCCCCUCUGCUGACUCAGGCUGAGUGUGAAACCUCCUAUCCUGGAAAUAUCACUGAUAACAUGGUCUGUGCUGGAUUCCUUGAGGGAGGCAAGGAUUCCUGCCAGGGUGACUCUGGUGGUCCUUUGGUCUGCAAUGGAGAGCUCCAGGGUAUCGUCUCCUGGGGUUAUGGCUGUGCCCUGCCAGAUAAUCCUGGUGUCUAUACCAAGGUCUGCAACUAUGUGGACUGGAUUCAAGAGACUAUUGCUGCCAACUAG